AUGGGUGCAGACCAGUCCAAGUACUUUGGUGGUGAGGAGCGCAUCGCGCACGACGGCGGCAACGCCAUGGUCAUUGCCUUCCCCGGCUCCAGCUCCUUCACUGGCAAGUUCUACAAGCCCGAGAUCGCUGUCCUCAGCUCGCUCCUCGGUGGAGAGUCCGCCGUCAAGUGGUCGCAAGGUUUCACCAAGCUCGGCCAGGCUGCUGCUCAGGGCGCCAAGGUCAAGACCACCAGCGCCAUCUACUCCGACGCCGGUCUCCUCUACACCACCAUCACCGGAUCCGCCAAGGCUGUUGCCCAAACCGCCCAGGCCUCUGUUGAUGCUAUCAAGAAGAUUGCUGCUGGCAAGAUCUCAAGCGAAGAGGUCUCCAAGGCAAAGGCCGCCGCCAAGUUCAAGGAGCUCGAGCACGGCCAGGACAUCCGUGCUGGUCUGGAGCUCACUGGCAACGGUCUCAUCCACAACACGCAACCAUACCAGAUCGACGAGGUUGCCAAGAAGAUUGAUGGCGUAACAGAAGAGGCUGUCAAGAAGGCUGCCAAGGAACUGCUCGAGAACACCGCCUCAGUAUCAUCCGUCGGUGAUCUCUUCGUACUACCAUACGCUGCGGAUCUCGGCCUCAAGGUGUAA